GACGCCUUGUUUUUAUCAAAUUACAUAUUCAACAUAAUGGAUUCUAAACCAAAAGAAUCUGUAGGACCAUGCAAUUUAGAGUAUAUCAGGCGUUAUACACAAGCCUUUAAUUAUCCAUUAGAAAAGAUGAGUGAUAUGUCCGAGGAAAUGCGAACAGAAUGCAAGGAAAUUGUAGUUAACGCGCUUGAGAAAUAUGAAAACAACUAUGAACAGGCAGCAAAGCAUAUAAAAGAGCUUAUGGACAAGAAGUUCGGUCCUUCUUGGCAUUGUGUUAUAGGAGAAGGGUUCGGAUUCGAAAUAACUUACGAACUAAAGCACCUUCUAUACAUGUUUCACAAAGGGUACAUUGCUAUAGUUGUUUUCAAGGGUCUAUAAUCUAUAGCUACAGCUUUCUUUAAUGUAUAUACUUCCCACCAUUUUUUUCCUUUGUAUUAUCAA